CCCACUAAGCCUCAAUAUAAAUUGCACAAACUUUUCGUAAUCGAAGUAAAAUGGAAUCCUUGAGCGAGACGCAAUGGGAUUUGGUGAUUGAGGGCACUGGUUUGAAGCACUCUUUGCUUGCCUUGUAAGUUAAUUACUCCAUCAGUCCCGCCGUGGACCUGUUUGCAUAAGAUGAGGCAAUUUAAGAAGAAAACUAACUAACAUAGUAGCAUGAAGAGCCUUCUCUCGUUCGAACAAGAAAAUAUUGCACGUCGAUAAUAAUGAGUACUAUGGAGAUGAAGAAGCAGCCUUUAGUUUGCAGGAAAUAGAUACAUGGGUAAAGCAUUCGGUUUCGCAGAACAGUACAUCAAGUUUCAGCAAUGCUUCCGCAGCCUAUGAUUCUGCCCAUAAAGAGAAGUUAAGCUUCUCCAGGGCAUACAAUCUCACCCUCUCGCCACAAAUAAUCUACACUCGAUCACCACUCCUGUCCACCCUCGUGUCCUCGAAAGUCUACAAACAGCUGGAGUUUCAAGCUGCCGGUAGCUGGUUCUUAUAUGGCGAUGCAGCACUGAAACGUCUGCCAUCAGGUCGAGAAGAUAUUUUUCAAGAUGACAGUAUCGAUAAUCGUGCGAAGCGAUCUCUGAUGAAAUUCUUGAAAUUUGUCGUAGAUUACGAGAACCAACUUGACGUCUGGCAAGAAAAAGCUGAGAUGGGAUUAUCACAGUUUCUUGCGGAUGAUUUCAAACUUCCUCGGAAUCUGCAGGUCCUCAUUGGAGCUUUGACACUGUCACUCGACACACUUGAGGGUACAAAAGUGGGAUACGCGCUGCCGAGAAUCCAAAGACAUCUUACAUCAAUUGGUGUUUUUGGUCCUGGAUUUGGAGCUGUCGUACCUAAAUGGGGUGGUGGAGCUGAAAUUGCCCAAGUUGCGUGUAGAGCUGGCGCAGUAGGUGGUGGGGUGUAUGUUUUGGGAACUGGCAUCCGAGAUGAGAAAUGUAUUCAGGAUGACUGCACCACAACACAUGAAGUCCAUCUAUCGAAUGAUGAAAAGGUUAAAGCCAGAUACAUUACUCGAAUUGACAGAGACGCACCUCCCGGCGCAAUACGGGUUGCUAAGACUAUGGCUAUUGUGUCGUCGUCUUUGGGGAAUCUUUUUACUAGUACAGUUGAAGGUUCUCCAGUCUCUGCGGUCUCUGUCAUCGUUUUCCCAGCGACAACUAUAUCAACAUCAGAUUUCAGUCAAGAUUAUCCGGUGUAUAUCAUGGCUCAUUCCAGCGAAACUGGUGAAUGCCCUGCGGGUCAAUGUUAGUAUUAUCCCUUUUCCUUCUCUACUCAAUCACGCAUUAUAUGAUGAACAAACUUAAAAUACUUAUCUACAUUGUCUGAAUUCCAUUGAAGAUAAUAACUCUAACUGUCUGAUAAUGCUACCAUCAUUCUCAAAUUAUUUGACCUUACUUUUGUGGUACAAAAUAGCUAAUGAUGAUUUCAGGUAUCCUCUACGCUACUACUCUCCUUCCCGAUUCUUCCACCACGCAGACUGGCAAAUUCCUUCUAGAGGAGGUCAUCUCCAAGUUUCUGGGGACAAAAGAGGGUGCUGAUGGGCAAGUCCUUUAUAACGUAUAUUACGAGCAGCAAGGAACCAAGGAGAAGCUGGACCUUGCCUUCAAUGAUCAAGUCUUGAAGGAUGUCGAGGAGGAGUGGAAAAGAAUUUCUGAAUGGGAUGAAGAGUCUCCUUUCAUGGUAUUUGAAGAACGGAAUGGAAUGGGUGAUGAUGAUGAUGGCGCGGAAUAUUGAAGCGCCUAUCAAGGAGUUGUGAUGACAUUGCAUUUAGAGCUCAUAGAGUGGUUACAGACUCCAUUUACGAAUUAUGAUAUCAUGACUUCUACACUCUACAUCUGUCUUU